GCUCUGUCUCUCUAGCCGCUUGCUCAGUUCUCCUCAACUGUGACCUGGUUUUUAAUUUGAUUGGUGACAGCUGUUGGAUACAGGAUUUCUGGAGUUACUUCACAAACAGCCCAUGACAGCAGAUGAGCCAACAUGGCAUUCUCAUCUCGCUUUUCCUUCUGGGAGAAAAAGAUCAAAGAAGAGAACAAACCAGGCAGCGCGAGUUCAGACAGUAAUGGACUGUCCAACCGGGCCAAGUCAGUGCCAGCUCUUGACCCUGGCAGGGGGUUAUUCCGGGCAAAGAGUCCCCCACCAGUUUCCCCAGUGGAGUCAGUAACCCGUGUCAGGAGUCCAUCCCCACCUAAAGUCAGGACACCUGUUAAAGUGUCUGAGACUGCGUCAAAGGUGGCCGAGCGAUUCAGGAGCCCUGAAACACGGCAAGCUUCUCUAAAUCCAGAGCCAGUUACGAACAGUGAGAAAGAGCAAAAUGGCAUAAUGGGUAAAAGCGUGGUUAAUGGUACGGCCAACAGUAAUAUCAAACUUCCAGGCACCAGCACCAACGAGACAGAUGCCACAGAUGACCACGGUCUGACACGUAAGAAAGUAGUAAAGGUGGUUCAUUGUGUCGCCAGGAAGGCCAUAGGAGAGGACGGGACCACUGGGCCAACACAGCCAUCAGACAAAUCUCCAGAAGCAGCCAAGCCUGCUGCUGAACCAGUUAAAGCAGUGCCAGCACCAGCUUUCGUGUCUAAAGGCUCCAUAAUGUCAGGGUUCUCUUUCAAACACGAUGUCAUCAAAACAGAAGACAAAGAUGACAUUUCGCGAGGACUGACGAACCUCAUGGUCAGAGGAAGGACAAGGGAGCCCCGCCUGCGGGUACGCAAAGAUGAGCGGCCAGAAAAAAUAGAGUUAGAGAAGCAAAAUGAAAAGAAAGUAGAAAAAGUUGAGCAGGAAGGAACAAAGGAGCAGCAAAAAGAGGAUAAAACCACUAUAAAACCAAAGGAAGUGGAUCACUCACACACAAGCUCUGCUCCAGUUAUACAGGAAUCCAAAUCUCCUGUGGUUGCUGUAAACCCAGACAGCAAAACUCCCGUGGGCCCAGCUCCAGCUUCUUCCAAAUCGACUCAUUCCAGACCUUCGUCUCUCCCGUCAGUUGUUGGCUUCAUCCCAGCUUCCAAGCCUUUACCCCUGUCUCCACCUCCUGGCUUCAUACCUCAACCCAAACCAACUCCUGAAAAAAAGCCCACCCCUUCAAAUCCUCCUUCUACCACCUCAGUUGCCCAAAAAUCUUCGCCCGUCUCGCCUCCAUCACGUUCCAUCCCAGCCCCUAAGCCCUCUCCACUUGCAACCCCCGUGACCCCUGAUCCUCCCUGUCGCAACCCUGGUCCAAUGUCUCCCCCUCCAGGAGUCACUCCUGUUCAACAACCUGCUGUCAGUCAACAAGAGGGAUCAGUGGAAGAGGAUCCUGUGGCCCUCCUUCAGGCAUCUCAUGCUGCAGCUAAGCAAUCUCAGGUAAAGACAGAGGAGCAGAUCGCAGCCGAGCAAGCCUGGUAUGGAUCAGAGAAGGUCUGGCUCGUCCACAAAGAUGGUUUCUCCCUGGCCACCGUGGUGAAGACAGAGCCUGGCUCCCUGCCAGAGGGCAAGGUGAAAAUCAAACUGGAGCAUGAUGGGACAGUACUGGAUGUGGACGAAGACGACAUAGAAAAGGCCAACCCUCCAUCAUACGACCGAUCAGAGGAUCUGGCUUCUCUGCUCUAUCUGAAUGAAUCCAGUGUGAUGCACUGUCUGAGGCAGCGCUACGGAGGCAAUCUCAUUCACACCUACGCUGGACCCAACAUGGUGGUCAUCAACCCCCUCAGCACGCCCUCCAUGUACUCGGAGAAGGUGAUGCACAUGUUCAAAGGCUGUCGGCGGGAGGACUCCGCUCCUCAUAUCUACUCUGUGGCCCAGUCGGCCUACCGCAACCUGCUCACCACCCGGCAGGAUCAGUCCAUCGUGCUGCUGGGCAAGUCUGGCAGUGGCAAGACCACCAACUGCCAGCACCUGCUCCAGUAUCUGGUCUCCAUCGCUGGCAGCACGGGCAAAAUCUUCUCCGCUGAGAAGUGGCAGGCUGUCUACACCAUCCUGGAAGCUUUUGGCAACAGCUCCACCUCGAUGAACACUAAUGCCAGCCACUUCUCUCAUGUAGUGUCCCUCGACUUCGACCAGGCUGGGCAGGUGGCCUCUGCCUCCAUCCAGACGAUGCUGCUGGAGAAGCUGAGGGUGAGCAGACGACCUGAGGGAGAAUCCACCUUCAACAUCUUCUACUACAUGAUGGCCGGAGCUGACAGCAGCCUGAGAACGGAGCUGCACUUUAACCACCUGGCUGAGAACAGUAUUUUUGGGAUCGUACCUCCAUCUAAGCCUGAGGACAAGCAGCGAGCCUCACAGCAGUUCACUAAGCUGCAGGCAGCCAUGAAAGUGCUGGGUAUCUCUAGUGAUGAGCAGAAGGCCCUUUGGCUCAUCAUAGGGGCCAUUUACCACUUGGGGGCCGCAGGAGCCACUAAAGACGGAGAUGAAGCGGGGCGUAGGCAGUUUGCCCGUCAUGAAUGGGCCCAGAAAGCAGCCUACCUGCUGGGCUGCACCUUGGAGGAGCUGUCCUCUUCUAUCUUUAAGCACCAGGCCAAAGGACUGCAGCAUUCCACCUCAUUCAGAGGAGCACAGGACGAGGCCAGCCAAGGUGACAGCUCAGGCUCUAAGGUCACCGCUCUGGAGUGUUUGGAGGCCAUGGCGUCCGGGCUCUACUCUGAGCUCUUCACACUUGUCAUCUCCCUCAUUAACAGGGCUCUGAAGUCCAGUCAGCACUCUCUGUGCUCCCUGCUGAUCGUGGACACUCCGGGUUUCCAGAACCCUCGGCUGGCUCAGCAGCAGCGUGGAGCCACCUUCGAGGAGCUCUGCCACAACUACACCCAGGAGAGGCUGCAGACCCUGUUCCAUGAACGCACCUUUGUCCAGGAGCUGGAGAGAUACAAGGAGGAAAACAUAGAGCUUGCUUUAGAUGACAUAGAGUGCAGUACCUCACGGUCUGUAGCAGCUAUUGACCAAGCCUCAACCCAAGCUCUGGUGCGCACUCUGGCCAGGACGGAUGAGGCUCGAGGCCUUCUGUGGCUGAUGGAGGAGGAGGCUGUUCAGCCCGGAGGUUCAGAGGAAACCAUGCUGGAGAGACUCUUCAGCUACUACGGCUCUGCACAGGGAGAAAACAAAGGAGCCGGUCUGCUGCUGCGAGGAGAGAAGCCACACCUCUUCCUGCUUGGUCACUGCCACGGGACAAACUGGGUGGAGUACAAUGCUCAGGGCUGGCUGAGCCACGCCAAGCACAACCCUGCUGCCCAGAACGCUGCCACGCUGCUGCAGGACUCCCAGAAGAAGAACAUCAGUGGGCUGUUUAUGGGCCGGGCCAGUGGGGCCACAGUGUUGUCGGGGUCCAUCGCCGGUCUGGAGGGCAGCUCCCAGCUGGCCCUGCGACGAGCCACCAGUAUGAGGAAGACCUUCACCACAGGUGUGGCUGCCGUCAAGAAGAAGAGCCUGUGUAUCCAGGUCAAGCUCCAAGUGGAUGCUCUGAUUGACAUGGUGCGUCGCUCCAGGGUUCACUUCGUCCACUGCCUGCUGCCCAAAGCAGAGGCAGUGGGCGGAGGAGGUGAGCCCCGCGUGACACACGGAGAGAGCCCUGACUCAGGCCUCAUGACUCUGGACGUCGGCCUCCUGAGAGCUCAGCUCCGAGGAUCGAAGCUGCUGGAUGCACUGCGCAUCUAUAGGCAAGGAUACCCAGACCACAUGGUGUUCUCUGAGUUCCGCAGGCGAUUUGAUGUCCUGGCACCGCAUCUGACCAAGAAGCACGGCCGCCACUACAUUGUCACAGAUGAGAAGAGGGCAGUGGAGGAAUUGCUGGAGUCCUUGGAGCUUGAGAAGAGCAGCUACCACAUGGGGCUGAGCAGGGUGUUCUUCAGAGCGGGGACACUGUCCAAGCUGGAGGAGCAGCGGGACGUUAAGACCAGGAGGAACAUCUCUCUGUUCCAGGCUGCCUGCAGGGGAUACCUGGCCAGACAGGCCUUCAAGAAGAGGAAGAUCCAGGAUUUGGCCAUCCGCUGCAUCCAGAAGAACAUAAAGAAGAACCGUGGUGUCAAAGGCUGGCCGUGGUGGAAGCUCUUCACCACCGUCAGACCUCUGAUAGAGGUGCAGCUCACCGAAGAGCAGAUCCGCGGAAAGGACGAAGAGAUCCAGCAGCUGAAGCAGAAGCUGGAGAAGGUGGAGAAAGAGAGGAAUGAGCUGAGGCUCAACAGUGACCGCCUCGAGAGCCGGAUCACAGAGCUGUCAUCAGAGCUGGCUGAUGAGCGCAACACCGGGGAGUCGGCCUCUCAGCUGCUGGAGACUGAAACUUCUGAGAGACUGCGUCUGGAGAGGGACAUGAAGGACCUGCAGGCCAAGUUUGACAGCAUGAAGAAGCAGAUGGAGUCCAUGGAGAUGGAGGUGAUGGAGGCUCGACUCAUUAGGGCCUCUGAGCUCAACGGAGAGAUGGAUGACGACGACACAGGUGGAGAGUGGAGGCUGAAGUAUGAACGAGCCAUCAGGGAGAUUGAGUUCACCAAGAAGAGACUGCAGCAGGAGUUCGAUGACAAGCUGGAGGUGGAGCAGCAGAACAAACGGCAGCUGGAGAGGAGGAUCAGCGACCUGCAGGCUGACAACGAGGAGUCCCAGAGAAACGUCCAGCAGCUGAAGAAGAAAACCCAGCGACUGACGGCUGAACUACAGGACACCAAACUCCACCUGGAGGGCCAGCAGGCCCGCAACCACGACCUGGAGAAGAAGCAGAGGAAGUUUGACAGUGAGCUGAGUGCUGCCCAGGAGGAGGUGCAGAGGGAGAAGAGCCUGAGGGAGAAACUGGCCAGAGAGAAAGACAUGCUGACUGGAGAGGCCUUCAGCCUCCGACAGCAGCUGGAGGACAAGGACCUUGAGGUGUGUGCAGUCAACCUGAAGCUGGACCAGCUGGAGGCCGAGCUGCAGGACCUCAAUUCCCAGGAAUCCAAAGAUGAGGCAUCACUUGCCAAGAUGAAGAAGCAGCUUCGUGACAUGGAGGCCAAGGUGAAGGACCAGGAGGAGGAGCUGGAUGAGCAGGCCGGCACCAUACAGAUGUUAGAACAGGCCAAGCUGCGUCUGGAGAUGGAGAUGGAGCGCUUACGUCAAACCCAUUGCAAGGACAUUGAGAGCAAAGACGAUGAGGUGGAAGAGAUCAGACAGUCGUGCAGCAAGAAGCUGAAGCAAAUGGAAGUCCAGCUUGAAGAAGAGUAUGAUGAGAAGCAGAAGGUGCUGAAGGAGAAGAGAGAGCUGGAGUCAAAGCUUCUGUCAGCACAGGACAAGGUGAGAAGUGGUGACAUAGAGACUGAGAAGCGUUUGAGGAAGGACCUGAAGAGAACCAAGGCCCUGCUGGCUGACGCCCAGAUCAUGUUGGACCACAUAAAGAACAAUGCACCGAGCAAGAGGGAGAUCGCCCAGCUCAAGAAUCAGCUGGAGGAGUCUGAGUUCACCUGUGCGGCUGCAGUCAAAGCUCGGAAGUCCAUGGAAGUGGAGAUUGAAGACCUGCACGUUCAGAUGGAGGACAUCUCCAAAACAAAACAGGCGCUGGAGGAGCAGCUGAGUCGUCUGCAGAGAGAGAAGAACGACCUGCAGUCCAGGAUGGAGGAGGACCAGGAGGACCUGAACGAGCUGAUGAAGAAACACAAGGCUGCUGUGGCCCAGUCUGCCCAGAACCUGGCUCAGAUCAGCGACCUACAAGCCCAGCUGGAGGAGGCCCUCAAGGAGAAGCAGGAGAUUCAGGAGAAGAUGCAAGCCCUCCAGAGCCAGCUGGAGUUCCAGGAGCAGUCCAUGGUGGAGAAAUCCCUGGUCAGCCGGCAGGAGGCUAAGAUCCGCGAGCUGGAGACCAAGCUGGAAUUUGAGAAGACCCAGGUCAAACGCCUGGAGAGCCUCGUAGCUCGUCUAAAGGAGAACAUGGAGAAGCUGAUGGAGGAACGAGAUCAGCGCAGCAGCAGCGAAAAUCGAGAGAAGGAACAGAACAAACGUCUGCAGAGACAGAUCCGUGACAUCAAAGAGGAGAUGGGUGAACUGGCCAAAAAGGAAGCUGAGGCCAGCCGCAAAAAGCACGAGCUGGAAAUGGACAUUGAGAGUUUAGAGGCUGCUAAUCAGAGCCUGCAGGCAGACCUUAAACUGGCCUUCAAAAGGAUCGGUGACCUCCAGGCUGCCAUCGAGGAUGAGAUGGAGAGUGACGAUAAUGAAGACCUCAUCAACAGUUUGCAAGACAUGGUGACAAAGUAUCAGAAAAGGAAGAACAGAACUCAGGGGGAUUCGGACACAGACUCUGAAGUGGAGGAUCGUGUGGACGGGGUGAAGUCCUGGUUGUCCAAAAGCAAAGGGUCUACCAAGAACCUCUCAGAUGACGGCAGCCUCAAGAGCUCCAGCCCGCCCGGUCGAAGACACUACUACAGUAGAUCUGAUGAAGAGGAGGAGGAAGAAGAAAAAGAAGAAGGCGGGGCGACCCAGGGCUCUUACCACUCUCGAUACAGAUAUGGCAGCCAAGUGAAAGACGACGGCGGCGAGGACAGGCCUUAUGAGACCACAUCGUAGUCCUUGCUGUCACCAUCCACCCUCUAAAACGCACCCUCACUCAACUGUGACAGUUUGUCUUGCAUGCAGAGUUGGUCACAACCACACACACACACACACACACACCUAAACACUCACAACCCUGCAAGAAAACACAGACGUUCAAAUACUGUAGAUGUUCCUAACACUCAGUCACCUGAGGCGAAUCCUCACAGGAUUUGGUCCUAGUUUGACAAACUACACAGUCUUAUUGACUCCUCAUUCAUCAGUCUAACCUCACUGCACACACAGCAGCUCUGUUAUUAACGACUCGACUCUGCUGGUUGCAUGCAAGCAGCAGUUGCCUGGUUUGAGCAGCCAUCCUGUUUAACUGCAGCCGUGGUUGUAACUGAGCCAAAGAACUUGAGGUUGCAAUGAUAGUAGAUUCUUUCUUUCUUUCCCUCUCUUUGUCUCUGUCACUCUUCCUCUCUUCUUUACAUAUAGUAACUUCACAAUAAUAUGUAUUGCCAUAGUACAAUGUAUUGCCAAAAAGCCUUUGUUCCAAGUAUGUGUGCGCACUGUUUUACUUAUUUCCAAUUGAUGCUGAAUCCUGGGAAAAGUUCCAGCUUUUUUUUUUUUUUUUAUUUCUUCUUUCCUUUUCCGGAUAAGUGCCAUUUGACUUAAGUGGGCUCCUCUACAGCUGGAUUCUCUGCAGCUGUGGUGUUUCAUGAGCUGCUGCACUGUACACUGAAGAUGCUCUCAUUAUCAUCUGCUUGCUUUUUGUGUGCCUGAAAAGUUUUCUGCCUUUUGCUGGCAAAUUAUGUCUUCCUUACAGGGGAAGAGGAUUGCAUCACUCACCGCUCCGCCAUGAAAGCAAAGCUUUUUUUUUUUUUUCUCUCUCCCCCCUUUUGAAUCUCUUGUUAUUGAUGUUUGACAGAUUUGUUUUGCAGAGGACCGCCGUCGAGCAAAUUAAUUUCCACGAGGUUUGAGCUUACCUCUGAAAUGCCUUGUCUUAUUUUUUAUUUUGACUUGAUUUGACUACGUACUUGCCAGGAUUAGCGAUGAAGAGACUUAGGCUUUGUCCUUGUGCUUGUCGUUCACACGCCGUCUGCGUUUUGUUUUAAGUUUGAUGUGCUUUACUUUUCCAAAGGGAAUUUAUUUAACCUUGGGCACCAAUCAUUUCUUUUUCUCACAAGUCUCACAAAAACCGCUGCGGAUAUGAUAAUGUCAAACCAGCAUGAUACAGGAAAAAGCUGGCUUUAUUCUAGAUUUUUUUUUUUUAUUGUGAACAAAUCACAUGGAAAGACUAAAACUAGUGAUGUGUUUUCUUGACCUUUGGGAAUAUUAUGUGUAAGAAAAAUACUCUGGUUUUUCUGAGCCUUCAACCAUGAUUCUCAGUAGUCUUAAAUGAACAGAGCUGGCUUGGGUGUCAUUCCAACUCUUAGCCCUGAGCCCACUGAUUCCUGCUGAAGACAGAAAUCUUUGAAACAUACAUAUAUAGUUGCAUUUUUUUUUUAAAAAAAAAAGGUUCAGUCAUUUCUUCAUCUCUUCUUAAUGCUUGUCACCGUGGGUUUUUUUUUUAGCAAACUGUGAAGAUGCUUGUGCUAGUCAGCAGUUACUUAUUAUUGGUUAUUCACAGGUUAUUCAGGAGACAUGUUUGUUUCAACAACUCUUUCUUACUUUCUGCAAACCAUUCCACGUUUCUGGAGCCGUGUAUGCUCUGGUAGAGAAGGAUUAUAGAAAAGCAUAUGAUGAAGCACAGGAAGUCAAAUUCACCAUGUACGACAGUUACAUCUCACAGAGUCCGAAAACCUGCCUGACCUGUCCACGAGGUUUCCAUCUGUGGUGCUGAAUCCAAACGCUUCUACACGUUACCUCAGUGAUGCUUUGGAGUCAUCAUUAUUCAUUCAGGAUGGUUAGCUAGAUCAUUACAGAUUGAGUAUUACAAUUUUUUUUUUUCAACAUGUACCGCACAUUUUGAAUAAUAAAUGACAGUAAUCAGCCCACAGGCCACAGCAGCUUCUGCUUUGAACUCUCAUUGACUGCUGUUGGUCAAUGGUUGAAGUUUCUGCAGGCAGAUCCACUGAUCGCAGCGAUUCCACUCAAAUGAGCCCAGUUGUCUUUGGAUCCUUUUCGUCUUUUCAUGGGUUUUUGAUGAUAAUAUGAAAAAUCUAGAAUAUCACCAGCCUUUUUCCUUCAAAGCCUCAUUGGGUAUUUUAACUGUAACUUAAUUAACUGGACAUACUACAGCCAGUAUAACCAAUACUGUGAAAACAUGUUCAGCGUCUUUGAGACCUGGUUAUUUGUCAGGUUUUUUUUUUUUGUUAACUCAGUGAUGCCUCUAAACAGCAAGAAAAGAGGAACCUGCAUUUUCAUGGUUGCUUAAGUGUUACAUCACACCCUUUGGUCGUCUGUCUGGUAUUUACUGAGUAGCAUUAAGAUAUUAUUGAAAGCCAUUUAAAGAGCAGAAGAGCUUGACAUAGCAUUUGGGGCUGAAGAAAAAAAAAUUGUGGAUGCUCUUCACUGUGGGAGAAAUUGGGCGUCAUUUUUAUUCUCUAUGCAGUCGACACAGGUGUGGAAAUGCGUUUUCUGAUUGACCCUGAUAGAGUGUCCGGAUUCAACAGGAAAUAAAAACUAAACUAAACUAAAGAGCAGACAUAAUAUUGAUGACUGCACACAGUAUUUAUAUAUAAAUAUGUGUAUGAUUCAUGCUAGCUUUGAAAAUACUUCAUGUUUAUUUUCAUUAUUGAACAAAUUGACCACUUGGUAUAAAUUUUGCAUUACAGUUUAAUAUAUUGUAAAUAAAUGAUGGUGAUUGUUUUAGAAUGCCUUGCAGACUG